CUUUAUACAAAACAUUCAUCAAAAGAGAAAGAUCGAAGCUUUUUCCGUUUUCCGAAGAAGAUUCAAGAAACAGUGCAAUGAGAGAUGGGGGGAGAACCUCGGAGAUCGUGACGUGCGAGAAACACCCUUCGGCUUCCUCUGUCGGAAUCUGCUCUCGCUGCCUGAAAGACCGGCUCUUGGAGCUUGUCUGCUCGGAUUGCGGGGAGAAUCGCGUCUCUUCGUGCUCUUUCUCUGAUGUUUCUUCUUCCCGGAUCUCGUUCUUGAUCGAGAACGAGAGGGGGUUCGAUCAGCUGAAGGCGGCGGCGGCGGCGGCGGGGAGGGGGCUUCGCCGGAGCAGCAGCAACCGCGAGGAGAUCAAGAAGAGCGGAAACGGGUUCUGGAAGAUCAAGAGCCUGUUCGGGAAAAUCAAGAACCGGGGAAUCGACGACCACCAGGUGUUCGACGAAAUGCGCGUGUCGAGAUCGAGGUCUCUGUGCAGCUUCCGAGACGACGGCUCCGACCAGUUCAGAUUCUCCGGCGCGAAGAUCUCAGAUGCCACGGCCUGGUCGAUGCCCGGUUCCGAUUACCCGAGGAACGGUGAAGAUUCAGCAACCUGGGUAGACACGAAGCCCCGCAUUUCCUCCGACCGCCACCUGUCUUGGUCUGGCAGAGGAAUAAUGCGGUUGGGUUCUUGCAGAGUGACGGCGAACGGCGGGGAGGAAUCGGAGAAAGGAAGGAAGAGAGGCCGGAAAAGGUACAGAGUAUGGAAGUGGAUGACAUGGCAAAAGUGAAGUGGUGACCCUUUUUGCUUCUUUCAAAAUCUUUAUGUAUAUAUAUAUAUUUUCAUCUUCUCCACAAGCUCUUCAUGAUC